AUGCGUAUCUUCGAGGGCCAGGUCGUAGACCUGAGAGAUGUCUGCGAGGAUGGUCACGGCCGGUACUUGCCCCUUCACCAAGAUGAUCCCUCGAAAUUUGAGGUCGUGGCUAUUGCUAGUAACAAUGCUGGCAUGAAAGAUCUUACGAAGAAAGAAAAAGUCGUGCCCGUCUUCACGAAAGCGAGCGAGGAUUGGAAUAAGACUCUGGACAGGGCAGAGGAGAUCUCUCGGCUUAUCCCUAUGGCAGUAUCUGAUGAGGACUGGAACGACUUCAUCACUGGCGUGAAGUCGGUCCACCAGAAGCUCAGCAUCCCGAUCGGCGAGUCUGUGUCCUCGUUCCUGGACCGUAAGCACGCGGAAGAACCAGCUCAGCGUGAUCGCCGCCAUGCGUCGUCAUCUUCAGCUUCCGGUGCGCAGCCGGCUGUUCGCAGGAAUUUGUUCGAGACAGACUUCGGUGCCAAUCGUGCUUGGGAGGCUGAGCCGGCGCGACAGUCGCUGCCCAAGGACUUGAUCGGUCUUGAGGUCCGUGACAAUGACCUUGAUCGUACAGGCAAGGUCGUCGGUCUCACCAUGGACCCGGACGCAGUCUUUUCAGUUCACUGGGACGACGGAUUUGAAGCCGAACUCUCUUACGAUGAGAUUCGCCAGCUCGACUUUCCAGGAGCAUCUGUGCACUUCAACAUCGGCACGCCCAACCCUCGUGCCAGGAAGGGCAUUCGCCGGAACAAGGACGAUCUUGCUGCUGCUUCGACUGAGUGGGAUAGGAUCUGCGCUUCCCGCACGGACUGA